AUGAAAGACAAGAAUUUCCAAAUGAGCAUUAAGGAUAAAUGUGAUAGGAAACAGGUAAGAAUAGAUGGUAAACAAACAUGGUGUUAUGUUUUGAAAGAAGAAAUGAAAGGAUUAUAUAAACAGGUUGAACCAAACGAUAAUGAGGAUUCAUUUACUGACGAUGAAAUACCUGUAAAUGAUGCUUUAUAA